AUGGAGAAGGCUCUGCUUUCUCUGGCUCUGAAGACAGAAGAUAAAGCUGCGGAGAGUAAAGGGUCAACAUCUCCACACAACCAAACCAUCCCCCAAACAUCAGCUCCAUCAUCGGCUCCAUCAGCAGCCCCUGCAGCUCAAGUCCCAACUGCCCUGAAAGGAGUGUCCCAGUCCCUGCUGGACAGGAUUCGGGCAAAGGAAGCCCAGAAGCUCCAGGCAGCCAUGACUCGAAACCCCGCCCAGGAGGAGCGCCUGCUGAUGAUGUCAAGGCUCCCCGAGCUGGCCAGAAUUGUCCGGACUGUUUUUGUUGCAGAGAAGAAACCUGCUUUAAUAAUGGAAGUGGUCUGUAACAGGAUGGUGGCCAGCUACAGAUCUGCUCUCAGCACAGGUGAAAUGGAGAAACAUAUCCGUCUGCUGGCAGAAGUGGCUACUGACUGGCUGACUAUUCAUCCAAUCAGGAAGGACUUCUACCUGAAGCUGAACAAGAACAUGGAGCUCCACGUUGUUCUGGACAAACUGAGCAGCAGACUCAGGGAGGAGGAGAGACACUGAUACCUCACCUCCCUCAGGGCCAUGCGGCACAUAGAUUCCUUGUUUUAAAGUGCCAACUUUUUUUAUUUUUAUUAUUUGAGUGAAUCUCACUGGUUUGUUGGCAUCAGACACGUGUCUGACAUUUCAGACAGUGUGUUUUGUGGUGUGCCCUGUGGUGUGCCCUGCGUUCUAAUCUGUCAAUGUGACAAUCGCUGAUAGACGGAGCUCGAGGACAGUGAUAUGUCCCAUAACCCUGGGGCCACUUGGGACUGACCAGACCUAGUCCUGGUAUUUCAAAGACUGUCCUGUGUUGUAAACAGGUUGUUUUAAACACACUUGUUAUAGUGACUGAUGUGGUCAGUUUUGUUUUCUCCAUGAAAGUGUAAUAUUGGUGUACCUCUAGUCUUUUUAGGGAUAAUUUUUCUACAGUGUAGAACAUGUUUACAUUCUUAAACUGUCUGAUAAGGUUUAAGAAAUAAAAACAUUUGUCACAGCCUCUUUGCAAAUGCAAUUUAUUAAAUAUAACAAUCUGGAAAGCUAUUUAUCUCAAAAUUACACGAGAAAGGAAGGAGACAAGGAAGGCAUCACAGUUGGUAAAGUGUUAACAAGGAAAAACAGUUCUAGUGGCAUCUUGUCAUGCAGAAAGUUCUGGUCCCCUGAUUGAGGUUUCUGCCUCUACCACUGUACAAUGGACGUGGAUGGCAUUUCAUUAAAACAAUUAACAGCAGUAUGUAUUUGUAAGGUUGCCACUGCAGUCUGUCCAGCUGGUGUUAUUCUAAAUGCACGUAUCCAUACAAAGAAACCAUGUCAAUCAGCAAAUAUCAUUAAAGACAAAUGAACAUG